UUAGCUAGCCUGCCUGCCUCCCUCGUCACUAAAGAAGAGUACUAUUGCUCGUGAACUCAUCAAUUUGAAUCCUUCUUCGUUCUUCCUUCUGUAACACCAAAACUGUAAGAAACACAAGAACAGUGAAGAAACAACGAGAUAAGGUUCAUACUCAUACGCGCCUAAAAAAGAGGAAGAGGAGUAGUAGUGUUUCUUAAGUUGACAUCAUCAACUUGAUCAAAUUGGUCUUCUUUCAUCGGGAUUGCACGGCUACUCCACAGUAGAAACUCGAUUCUUCUCUCUCUAAAAAAUAGAGACUUUCUCUCUAUUCUGCCCUGACCCUGCUUGCUUUUGCAAUCAAUGCACCAAACCUCUCAGCCCUCCCACCAUUUCUCAACUCUCCACCAACAUUAUUAAUACCCCAAUCUCUUCCACUCUUUGGUCUCUUCUAAAUUGCUCCUCUCUGAUCCCAAAGCUCCAAUCUUGAAGAGGGAACAUUGAAGAAACAGCUGGUUUUGUCAUCGGUUCACGUAAUCUCCACAGCUUGUAUUUGACUAUGUUAAAAUGCCCCAUGUUCCCAGUUUUCUAUGUCAAGUUGUAAAGUGGCUUCGGCUUUGAUGUGUGGGAAUCUUUGGCAUUUGGAUAGUCUUUUGCUCAGUUGACCAUUUCAGAAUUUCAUGUGAGAUCUGUUUUGCCCAAAGGAUGAAUCUUAUCCCUUGUUGCAUCAGAUGUAUUCUUUGAGGAGCUGAGCAAUGGGGGCUUGUGUUUCGACUAGUAAUAAGAGGACUUGCAGUAGCAGAAACAAUGGAGAGACUCUUUCUCCUUCGUGCUUGGGGAUUGGAUUCUCUGGGAAAAAGAGAACAAAGACAUUCUCAGACCGCGUAUAUACCCUGCAGAAUUUACAUUCCAUACCCAACCGUAUUUUUACCAAUGGAAAGAGCAAAACGUCAUGCGUCUUCACGCAGCAGGGCCGGAAAGGCAUAAACCAGGAUGCCAUGAUAGUGUGGGAAGACUUCAUGUCAGAAGAUGCGAUAUUUUGUGGUGUGUUUGAUGGCCACGGUCCACAUGGUCAUCUUGUUGCUCGCAAAGUAAGGGAUGCAUUGCCAUUGAAGCUGCUGUCCUUCUUGAAUUCUUCUCCAUCAAGGUCAAAUGUGUCAAGUAAAACAUGUUUUGGAGGGAAUGUAAAGAAACUAGACGAUGGAGAAACUGAGAAGGGUGCUUCACCUGAGGAGAAAUUAAAUCUAGAAUGGAGAGAAGCUUUCAUGAAGUCAUACAAGUCCAUGGACAAAGAGCUUAGGUCUCAUCCGAAUGUAGACUGCUUCUGUAGUGGUAGCACUGCUGUCACUCUAGUCAAACAGGGGUCAAAUCUUUUCAUGGGUUAUAUUGGGGAUUCCCGAGCAAUCCUUGGAUCAAAAGACAGUAGCGAUUCCAUGAUAGCAAUCCAGUUAACUGUUGAUCUAAAGCCUGAUCUGCCAAGGGAAGCUGAAAGGAUUAAACGAUGCAAGGGUAGGGUGUUUGCUUUGCAAGAUGAGCCUGAAGUAUCUCGAGUGUGGUUGCCUUUUGACGAUGCUCCUGGGCUAGCAAUGGCUCGAGCCUUUGGAGAUUUCUGUUUGAAGGAGUAUGGAGUGAUCUCCAUACCUGAAUUUGCUCACAGGAUACUUACAGAGAGAGACCAGUUCAUUGUCCUUGCCUCAGAUGGGGUUUGGGAUGUCUUGAGCAAUGAAGAGGUUGUUGAGAUAGUGUCCUCAGCUCCAAGCCGGUCAGCAGCUUCAAGAUUUGUGGUAGACGCAGCUGCUCGUGAAUGGAAACUUAAAUACCCCACGUCAAAGAUGGACGAUUGUGCAGUUGUUUGCUUGUUUUUAGAUGGGAAAAUGGACUCAGAAUCUGACUACGAGGAACAAGGCUUUUCAUCUGCAACCCUCCAGAGUAAUCACUCCGGCAAUGCAGUUGAAUCUGAUGAUGGCCAGAAAUCUGAGCCCACUUUGCAGAGGAAUUGCACUGUGAGAUCAUCUGAUGAAAGUGAUACUUAUGGACGACUAAAUGUUGAUAAUGAAGGGAAUUUCGAACCAAUGUCAACUGAAGACCAGAACUGGUUAGGGUUAGAAGGUGUCACGCGCGUGAACUCCCUUGUUCAGCUUCCAAGAUUCUCUGAGGAAAGGCCAAUUCAUGUAUGAAAUGGCCUUUUGUUGUACCAUGUUAUCUUUUUUUGCUCAUUAAAUCCAAAAGAAAGAUAAAUCUUUCUGGAUUGCCAUUUCCUCCGAUUUUGUUGUAGUCACGAAAUGUCAGGGUACAGUUCUGUUCAGGUAAUUGAUGCAUGAAACGGUCUCUGAUUUUCUUCAGUUGAUGUACAUUCUUAGUCCCAGUAACGCUUUGGCAAUGUAGAUUUAGCAUUUCUUACCUGCGGACUUGUAGACUUGUUUUUACAUCUGCAGUAUGCAUUGGAUUUAUUCAUAGUAGUGCUUGGAAUAACAAGGAUAAAUUGUUGUUUCUAC